ACCUCUCCCCAGAUUUUGGCACCAAUGAUAUUCAGCCAGUUGUUUUGACAGCUCACCCACUCUCUCCACUUCAACAGAUCGCAGCCACAGGGAUCUGUCACACAGAUGAACAUGUUCUAGAAGGUAAAUUUCCUGACGUAGAAUUCCCAGUCAUCCCAGGCCAUGAAGGAGCGGGGAUUGUGGAGAGCAUUGGAGAAGGAGUGACCUCUGUGAAACCAGGAGACAAAGUCAUAUUGUUUCCACUUCCUCAGUGUGGAGAAUGCAGCUUCUGCUUGAAUCCUGACUCCAACUACUGCGUGAAAUCACACCUCACUGAACCACAAAACCUGCUGCCUGACAAGACCAGCAGAUUCACUUGCAAAGGGAAACAGAUCCACCACUUCUUCUGGGUCAGUACCUUUGCAGAAUACACUGUGGUGCCCGAGUACACCCUGGCCAAGAUAGAUGCUACUGCGCCUCUGGACAAAGUCUGCUUGCUUGCCUGUGGUUUUUCCACAGGCUAUGGGGCUGCCAUCAACACCGCCAAGGUUGGUAUUCAGACAUGUCAAAAAUAAGUGUCCCACGGCCACUUUCACACCCUCAAAAAAGCAAUAGACACUUCCUCCUCACACGGUAGACUAA